CCAAGAAGGCUGGAGGAGGAAGUUUGUUUUUCGCAAGUGCGCUGAAAAUAUGUGAUUAGUCGCGAAAGAAGUGCUUUUACAACUUGAAGUGAAGCGAGUGCGUGCCCGGAAGUGAGAAGCUUCAAGCGAGGAGCAAGUGGCGAGGGCGGAAAAGGUGAUUUUUGCAAGAUGUUGUCCCCGCGCGCCAUUGUGGACCAGUAUUUGGAGCUGAGCUCCCAUGACCUUUCCCGCAUGGUGUACCAACUGGCGUCGAACGCCGUGCUCGAGUGGAACGGACUCACGGUUAGGGGAGGUUCGAAAAUAGUGAAAUUCCUGAGACAGAAACAGCACGCCGGACAGGUGCAAAGCUUUACCGGUGCCGUCACAACGGCGAAACCGUUUGAGGUGCGUGACACACAUUUGGCCACCAAGGCAAAUCCUCCGGAGAACUUGACCAUAAGUCCGGUUCGGGAAGGUCCCAUCGCUGCUACCCCUUCAUCACCGAUAGCUUCCGGCAGUGCGAGCGAAUUUCGACCGGAAGAUCCCAGCUUCGAAACGCCACCAAAGACACUGCCGGCGUUGCCACAUCCGCUGGCCCCCACCGGAGGCCGUCGCUUCCUACCAUAUCCCAGUGACGACGAAGACGAAGACGGUGAUGACCCUGGCCAGUCGUCGGACUUGUUGUCGAAUCGCCAGAGCAACUACUCCGAGCUGCAGUACCUGGAAACGGUCGGCACCGUGCGAACCGCCAACGAGCCCAAACAUCGUGGUACUCGUACCACACACCACAUUCCCCGCGAGGAUCCCUCGGCGACCAGUUCCGGACCAUCGGAGGCCACCACAAGCAGCAGCAGCAGCAUCGGUGAAAAGCGGACCAAACUGAAACUCUCCUACCGGACGCACCUUCGCACCCAGGAAGUCCAGUUCGCACUCAUCAUCUACGAACACAUCUCGACCCGAUCGACCGCCGUCCGUCGGAACCUGUUCGUCGAGGAAGAUCUAUUCCCAAACCAAGAAUCUCCAACGAGGUCACACUCCCCGGAACCCAUCCCCCUCCCCGACUCCCCUCCCUUACUGACGGCAGUAGCCCCAGCGUCGGAAGAUUCCCCACCGAUCCAACCGCCCGGAACCCCCGUCAAACGGCGCCGCAUCCCACCCGUCAUCAUCGGGCUGCGAACGUCCCCUCGGAGGAGCUUCGCUCCGGACGAAGGCGCCGGUCCGGCCAACAUCCAGCAGACGUGGCCCCGCAAGAACACCCACUCGUCGUCGGAAGGCGGUGGCGGCGGUUCCGCAAGCAAGCAACGCAAACUCUCCAGUGCCUCCGCCACCAUCCGGAAGCCGCUGCGGUUCUGAGUUUUGACAGCGGUCAGCGCGCGCGGCAUCAGUAAGUACCAGUGUUUACUUUUUUUACUCCUUUUUGAAUUUUAUUUUGUAUUUUGUGGUCCGUUUUUUUAAUUUACCUCGAAAAAAAAAAAGAAUCGUUCGACCACCAGUUGGUUACAGAAAAAUUAAAACAUAAAAAUUAAUAUAUGUUCUGCGAUACAUUCAACAAA